AUGAAUGCGAUCCCACCUUCAAUUUCUAACAAGCUGUCUACAGUUUAUGAUAUCGACGGUAAACCUAAAGAAUACAUAAAUAGUAGAUACUACGUAAAUUACCUUUCCAUUUUCCGACAACAACAUCAUCAAAUGUUAUCAAUGUUGGUGUAUAAAGCAGAUUUAGCAUUUAAGAAUAAUUCGGUUUAUUCGGUGACCUUAAAGCCUCAACUUGCACCUUCACAUGAUCCACAUGAUUAUAUGUCAUUGGCAAGGUAUUAUUGGCCGAAUCCAAAGGAACGUAAGGGAUUACCUUAUAUAAAUCGAGAUGGUUACCCUAAUCCUGAGAUUGAAACCGUCAAGGAUUAUGCUUUCUUGAGAAAAUUAUUUAAGGACGUCGAGAAUUUAGGAUUUGCUUAUUCUUUUACAAGAAAUGAUUCAUAUGUUGAGAAAGCAAUUUAUAGAAUUAAAGAAUGGUUUAUAAAUCCGGAGACAAAAAUGAAUCCUAAUCUAAAAUAUGCAAGUUUUAUCAAAGGGUCCAGAUCGGGAAGAAGAACUGGCGUGUUAGAUAUGCAUCCGAUUUAUAGAAUGCUACAAUCCAUACCUUUAAUGCGUUCAUCGAGUAAAUGGGAUUUCUUGGUCGAAGAUCAGUUAAAACAAUGGAUAUCAGAUUAUUAUGAGUGGUUAGAAACAACUUCUUUAGGAAUAAAGGAAAGGGCUUCAUCAAAUAAUCAUGGAACAUAUUAUGACGUGCAAGCAACAUUUUUAUUAACAUAUUUAAACAGAGAAGAUGAUGCGCGUAAGUAUUCACGUGAGGCGCUGAUUCAUAGGGUAGAUACAGGAAUUAAUUCUUCAGGACAACAACGUCAUGAAACAAGCCGUCCCACUUCAUGGUUUUAUUCUGUUUUUAAUUUACAAGGAUUAUUUCUCUUGGCUGAACGAUCAGAAUAUUACGGAUUUGAUGGAUGGAAUUACGUUGGUCCUAAAGGUCAAUCCAUUAAAAAAGCGGUUGAUUAUUUAUUACCUUAUGCUCUGACAGAUGGGAAAGGUUGGCCUUUUAAGAAUAUUAAAGAAUUUGAAUUGAAUAGUUUUGUUAGAUUAUUAGAAUUAGCUUUUGUUAUUUGGCCCGAUGAAAAAUAUCUUAAAGCUUUAAUUAUUUUAAGACCAAAGGCUAAAUCAGAACAAGCAUUAGAAUACCGAAACGCUGAUUGGGAAGAUAAUUAUCUCUGCGUUUGGUCUUUAAUGACAAAUAAACAAUUAUGGACUUGUGUAGAAUAA